AUGUUGGUGCCAGACACUUCACAGCUCCGUGAUCCGGCGUCUUAUGUCGCCAGACUUCGCACUUAUUUUUCAAAUCUUCCGCCCAUGGUUUCCCGGGAACAAUCUCCACCAUCUCAUGUCCCACCAGAUAUGGACACUUGGUUGCAUGUUUUUGUUCGAGACGACUUUGUCAAGGGAUCUCUUGUUUCUUCUUAUAAAGGACCUUUUCGUGUGCUUUCUCGCACACCCAAAGUUUUUACCAUCGAGAUGAAUGGCGGUACGGAGACUGUUUCUGUGGACCGACUAAAAAAAGCAUAUUUUGAGGUGUCUACAUCUUUCGAUGACACCGCUUCCACACCCACCUAUGCACCUUUGACAACACCACCUACACAUACGCCAAUGACAACACAUUCACCUACACAGGCACCCUUGCUACUACCAACGCCUACAACGCCACCUUCGUCGUCGAAAAGUGCCUCGAGCAAACCUUAUGUUACCAGAUAA